UCGAUCAUGACGGAGGAGAUGUCGUUGGAAUCUUGGGAGGUCAGUGAGGACGGCGUCGCCGUUGUGACGGAGGAGGAGGAUGUCGCCGGAAAAGCUGGAGACUUUAGGGCGGCUCAGCCUCCGGGAAAGAGAAGCAGGCGGGCGGUCCAGAAGCGGGUGGUGUCGGUGCCGUUGGGCGACAGUACGGAGGGGCUCCGGCCGAAGAAUGGGGGCGGCGGGGAGGUGUUCCCGCCGACGGAUUCGUGGGCGUGGAGAAAGUACGGCCAGAAGCCCAUCAAGGGAUCUUCGUAUCCAAGAGGUUAUUACCGAUGCAGCAGCUGUAAGGGUUGCCCGGCGAGGAAGCAGGUGGAGCGGAGCCGGCACGAUCCCACCACGCUCGUCGUCACCUACUCCUUCGAGCAUAACCACCCUUGGCCGCUACCCAAAAGCGCUCGCCACACCCACGCUACGCCGCAGCCUCCGCCGCCGCCGCCAGCCGCGGCGGCGGAAACGGCUGCGGUAAAGGAGGAGGAGGAGGAGGAGGAGAAAUGCCUGCCGGCGGUGGGGGAGGAAGAUCCGCUGUGGUCCAUGAUGACGGCGUUCGAGGACGGCACGGAGUUCCGGUGGUUCCCCGACGUGACUUCCACUUCCCCCGCCUCGGCCGGAUCCGACGAGUUGCUGUACGGAUCCGUCCUCUUCGGCGGAGGGGAGGCGGAGCUGGUGCCGGAGGAGAGGGAGACGGCGGCGGGGGCGGGAGAUGACGACGCGCUGUUCGCGGGGCUGGGCGAGCUGCCGGAGUACUCGGUGGUGCUCCGCCGAGGGACGGCGGCGGCUUCCUGGAUUGGGACAACCAGCGGAUGGAUUGGUGACCGUUGAUUUGGAUCUUGGAUUCUCGUCACGACGCGUACACGUCUUUCUUUUUCUUUUUCAUUUUUUUUGUUUGACUGCAUCAAUAAUUACUUCAUCUUCUAUUGUUAUUAUUAUUAUUUCAUUCAUACAGAAAAAGAAAACAGCACAUGAGGAGCAAAUAAGAAAAUAAUUUUGUGAUUUGACAGCUGGCGGUGUAUUAUAAAAUAGGCUAAUUGCUUCAUUA